UGCACGUCACAGACCUCCACAUAUGUACACACAAACGUGUACACACACAAAUGCAUGCACACAUCCGUUUGCACAAGCAUGCACAGAAACAUGCAUGAAAUGUAGCUAUAUGUACACAUGCACAAACACACACAUGUAUGCACAAACAUGCACGUGGCCCGUGUAUACCAAACACGCAUGUCGAUGCUGAGCACGUGUGCACACUGCCAGGCAGGCGUGAGUGUGCAGAGGAUGCGUGUGCACUGCUGAGCACGUGUGUGCACACUGAGCUCAUGUCUGUAUUGCCGGGCGUGUGUGUGCACACAGAGCACGUGUGUGCACCGCUGAGCACAUGUGUGCACGCUGAGCACGUGUGCGUUUGCUGCAUUGCUGGGCACAUGUGUGGAUGCUGAGCACGUGUGUGAACAAACACGCACGCUGAGCACGUGUGUGCACAUGAAGCACAUGUGUGCACAUGGAGCGCGUCUGUGCAUUGCCGGGCACACGUGUGGAUGCCGACCAUGUGUGUGCACAAACAUGCGUGCUGAGCAUGUGUGCACCGCCAAGCAAACGUAUGCGCACCAAGCAGGUGUGUGCACGCCCAGCACACGUCUGCACGCUUAGCACAUAUAUGCACACGUGUGUGAGGCUGAGCCCACUGCGGCCAACGUCCCUACCUCUCUCGCAGCACCCACGGCCUGGGGGUGUGCACACCCCCGUGCAUGCAGCCCUCGAAGCACGGCGUGCCCGGCGCCAAGCACGGCGUGCGUGUGCACGUGCGUGUGCAUGCGCGUGUGCAGCGUGGGCCGGCCCCGAGCCGCCGGCAGUGCCCGUUGUGGGACAGCCACCGAGCCGAGCGCUGCGGACGCCAUGGUCCCGCGGGGCCCCGCGUGGUGCCUGCUGCUGGGGCUCUGCGCCCUGCUCCCCCCCGCCAGCACCCAGGGGACCCCAGAAGAGGAUGCGGAGCCGGGGGUCCCCGAGCGCUGCGGCGUCACCUUCCACACCCCCAGCCCCUGCGGGCCCCCCCGGCCGCCCCCCUCGGCCUCCCGCGAGGAGCUGGAGCAUCUCCAGAGCCUCCUGCAGCAGACCAGGGCCAGCCUGCAGGACGUGGAGGCGGCGGCGGCGCUGGAGGAGCACCGGCCCCGCUACCAGGACGUGAUCGCUGAGGCGCUGCCCGCCAUCCGCGGGGCCAACCGGGAGUUCCAGGAGAGCCUGGACAACGUCCGCAGGGAGCUGGAGGCGCACGUGGCCGAGACCGAGCACCCGCAGGCGGUGGAGAAGAGGGAGAAGCUGCGGAAGGACGUCCGCGUGGUGGCCCACGUCCUGCGGCUCACCGCCCGCCUGGCCCGCGCCCUCGACGCCUCCUCGCGCCGCCUCCAGGACGAGCUCAACCAGCGCCUGCAGCGCUCGGACGCCCGCGCUGCCGCCGGCGCCCAGCCCUAGGACGCGGGGCCGGGCUCUGCCCCCGCCCUCUGUAAGGCCUUGCUUGCUGGUAGGACCCUCUUUUGCCCCCCAGCCAGCUCGCUCCCACCGCUUUCGGGGCGUCCGGCUCCUCCGCGCGGCCCCAGGUUUGCGGAACAAGCCGGGUGCCGGGCUGGCACCGGGAGGGACGGGAGGCUGCAGCCUGCUGUGUGCUGCCCGUAGCCCCAGCCCCAAGUCUUUAAUGCAUUUAUCCCGCAGGAGCUGCGCCCUGCUGUAGCACAGCCCCGUGUGCACGGGGAGACCCCCUCUGCUGCAGGCUCCUGCACCCUUGGGCCCUCCCCGAGCGUGCUUUGUCCAUGCAGCAUUUGCAGCUUGCCAGACUCGUGCGCCAGUAUCUGAGCACGUUCCCGGGGCUCCCCAGUACCCCCAAAGUGCCUUAAAUAUGAAUCCCAGCUCCUCUGGGGCUCGGCUGCAUCCCGCUGGUGACCUCCCCGCAUCGCAGCCCUCCUGGAUGCGUCCCCGCGUGGGCAGAGCCACCGCCAGCCCCCGUUAAUCCGUCACACAGCCCCAGCCUGGUCCAGGCUCACAAGCUAAAAGACCCCGUCACCCCCCGGCUGCUGGGAGCAGGAGGCUGGGGAGCAGCAGGGCUGGGGACAGGGCUGGGGACAGGGCUGGGGACAGGUUGGCUGCGCACGCGCACGCCGGGAAGCGCCGGGCAGAGCCACGAACCACCCAGCAGUAAAUCGAAGCUGGCAUCCGGAGUGCACCAAGCCCACGGGGGUUUGGGCACCAGGAAAAGAGCUGGAGGCAGAACACCCCGGUGAAUUCGGGAGCCAGGGGGGGUCUCCGGGCACGGUGUGUCCUGGCCACCCUGCCAUGCCGGCCAUGGGGUCCCUGCUGUCCCCGUACGGCCCCGGGGCUGGGCACGAGGCAGGGAUCCCCGGGGGCAGCGGCAGCGGCACGACUUCAGGCGCUGCAGGCAGUGGAAUAAAGAGGCAUUGCGCUCUGCCAGGCGUCA